GGAGGCGUUCCCCUUGCACACGUGUGGACCCCGGUUGCUCGUCUGUUCGGCUCGGUCGCGUGUCUGCCUCCCGAACGUGGCGGGGCGGCUCUGGGUUGGCCAUGGCGGCGAAGGAGGUGCCGUGGCGGCGGCUGACGGGCUUGUCCUUCGGGAUGUACACGGCGGAGGAGAUCCGGAAGCUGAGCGUGAAAGCUAUAACCAACCCUGUUUUCCUGGAUAACGCGGGUGCUCCAUCACCAAAUGGACUUUAUGAUUUAUCUUUGGGACCACUUGACAACAAAGAAAUAUGUGCAACUUGUGUGCAAGACUUCAACAACUGUCCAGGUCACCUGGGUCACAUAGAACUGCCCCUCACUGUCUAUAACCCUCUCUUUUUCGAUAAAUUAUAUCUUCUGAUGCGUGGUUCCUGUUUGAAUUGUUGCCACCUAACAUGUCCACGUCCUGUGAUGCAUUUAUUGCUUAACCAGCUGAAGCUCCUGGAAGUUGGGUUGCUUCAAGCAGCCCAUGACCUUGAGGCUGUGUUAAGUAGGUUUUUAGAAGAAAAUGCAAAUAGUGCUGGUGAAGCUGUCGAAGAUGUGUUACGGCUGCAUACGGAAGAAAUGCUCCAAAAUAACCAGCUAAGAGACCAAGGGGCACAUGUGAAAAAUGUUUGUGAUUUUAGAAGCAAACUUAUCUCUCAAUUUUGGAAGUCACACAUGGGUUCAAAAAGAUGUCCAAAUUGCAAAGCGGGAAGAUCACUUGUCCGAAAGGAACACAAUAGCAAACUCACUGUGACAAACCCAUCUGCAGUACUCCAGAAAUCAGGCAUACAAACAAUAGUGGAAGAAUCAGCAGUUAUAGAUGAAAACCACAUGGGAAAACGAGGUUACAUGACACCUGCAACUGCCAAACAACAUGUUAAAAGUUUAUGGAAAAAUGAAGUCUGUAAGAAAACAAGACAUGUUUCAGCAAACCCCAUGGAAGAGACCAAAAUGUUAAGAGAAGAUCAGGAAGAAACCUCUAGAAGAGAAGUCACUUUGAAGGUGACAGAGCAAUCCAUGGAACCCCUGGACCGUUCUGCACUAGUGAUGAUCCCAGGGCAGACUACUGCGGAUAAGCUUUACAACAUCUGGAUUCGUUUGCAGACCCAUGUCAAUAUUGUGUUUGACAGUGACAUGGAUAAGUUAAUAACUGACAAAUAUCCUGGUGUGCGUCAGUUUCUGGAGAAGAAGAAUGGCUUGUUCCGGAAGCACAUGAUGGGAAAGCGGGUGGAUUAUGCUGCUCGGUCUGUUAUUUGCCCUGACAUGUACAUUCACACCAAUGAAAUUGGUAUUCCAAUGGUGUUUGCUACGAAACUGACCUAUCCUCAACCCGUAACUCCCUGGAAUGUCCAAGAAUUGAGGCAGGCUGUUAUAAAUGGUCCCAAUCAGCACCCUGGUGCCUCCAUGAUCAUCAAUGAAGAUGGGUCUCGUACAAUACUGAGCGCAACCAGUGAGACCCAGAGAGAAGCCGUAGCCAAGCAACUCCUCACUCCUUCUACUGGGGCACCAAAACCAGGAAUAAAAAUUGUAUGCCGCCAUAUUAAAAAUGGAGAUGUCCUUCUGCUAAAUCGGCAACCUACCCUUCAUAGGCCCUCUAUCCAAGCUCAUCGAGCAAGGAUCCUGCCUGGAGAGAAAGUUCUGAGGCUUCACUAUGCCAACUGCAAAGCCUACAAUGCAGAUUUUGAUGGAGAUGAAAUGAAUGCUCACUUCCCUCAGAGUGAGCUGGGCCGCGCCGAAGCCUAUGCAUUGGCCUGUACUGAUGAGCAGUAUCUGGUUCCAAAGGAUGGGACGCCAUUGGCAGGUUUAAUCCAAGAUCACAUGGUCUCUGGUGCCAGCAUGACCACACGGGGCUGCUUCUUUACUCAGGAACAGUAUGUGGAACUAGUAUAUCAAGGGUUGACGGACAAAAGGGGGAAAGUGAAACUUCUCCCUCCAGCCAUUUUAAAACCACAGCACUUGUGGACAGGAAAGCAGAUUGUUUCUACAUUGCUAAUAAAUAUUAUUCCAGAAGACCACAUUCCACUGAAUUUGUCUGGGAAAGCUAAAAUUGGUGGGAAAGCCUGGAUACAAUUGCCUGCCCAUAGUAUUCAUGGAUCAGAUCUUGACUUCAUGUGUGAAUCUCAGGUCCUCAUUAGAAAUGGAGAGCUGCUCUGUGGAGUUUUGGAUAAAGCCCACUACGGAAGCUCUGCCUAUGGUUUAGUCCACUGCUGCUAUGAGCUUUAUGGCGGCGAGACCAGUGGAAAAGUGCUGACAGCUUUGGCUCGUCUCUUCACUGCCUAUUUACAGUUCUACAGGGGUUUUACAAUGGGAGUGGAGGAUAUUUUGGUCAAAUACCAUGCGGACCAUAAGAGGCGUAAGAUCAUUAAAGAAAGUACCCGUGGUGGCACAAAGGCCAUAAGAGCUGCAUUUAACUUACCCGAAACAGCGUCAUGUGAGGAGCUCAGAAACAGAUGGCAAGAUGCCCAUCUUCACAAAGACCAAAGAAAUUUUAACAUGGUUGAUCUGAAAUUCAAAGAGGAAGUCAAUCAUUACAGCAAUGAAAUUAAUAAGGUGUGCAUGCCUCUUGGGCUUCACCGGAGUUUCCCAGAGAACAACUUGCAGUUGAUGGUGCAAUCCGGAGCCAAAGGCUCCACUGUGAAUACUAUGCAGAUUUCCUGCUUGUUGGGCCAGAUUGAGUUGGAAGGGCGAAGGCCUCCACUGAUGCCAUCUGGCAAAUCAUUGCCUUGUUUCCAGCCUUACGACUUUUCUCCUAAAUCAGGAGGGUUUGUGGCAAGCAGAUUUCUCACUGGCAUCAAACCUGCAGAGUUCUUCUUUCAUUGUAUGGCUGGCAGGGAGGGUCUUGUGGACACAGCUGUCAAAACCAGCCGAUCGGGAUAUCUUCAAAGGUGCAUCAUAAAGCACUUGGAAGGGCUGAUAGUUCAUUAUGACAUGACUGUACGAGACAGCGAUGGCAGUGUGGUUCAGUUUCUGUAUGGAGAAGAUGGAUUAGAUAUCCCCAAGACACCAUUCUUGCAACCUAACCAGUUUCCUUUCAUUGCAGAUAACUACAAGGUGUUAGAGAAAUCUAAGCAUUUAGCUGAAGUUCUGCCAAAAAUGGAUCCCCAGCAAGCAAAUACACAGUUCAGAUCUAUCAAGAGAUGGCAAGUCAAGCACCAAGAGUCUCUGAGAAGAGAAGGGGGCUUUUUGUUGUUUUCCCAGAAAAAGUUGGCUGGACUGAAAGCACAGAUCCCUAUAGGAGAACUUAAAAAUGGCAGAGAUCCUGCAACUCUACAGUUGUUGAACAUGUGGUAUGAACUGGAUGAGAAGAGUCGGAGGAAAUAUCAGAAGAAGGCAACAAAAUGCCCUGAUCCAAGUCUGGCUGUUUGGCGUCCAGACAUCUAUUUUGCAUCUGUUUCAGAAACAUUUGAAAAUGAAGUAGAGAAUUUCCUUGGAGAGUGGGACACUCAGAAUGAUGCUAGCUUCGGCAAAUCUGAACUUUCUUCUCAGAGAUUGAAGGACCUGUUACAUUUAAAGUGGCAGCAAUCACUUUGUGACCCAGGAGAAGCUGUGGGUCUCCUUGCUGCUCAGAGUAUUGGGGAACCUUCUACGCAGAUGACCUUGAACACUUUUCACUUUGCUGGAAGAGGUGAAAUGAAUGUCACACUUGGUAUCCCGAGGUUGAGGGAGAUCCUGAUGGUAGCCAGUGCUAAUAUUAAAACCCCGAUGAUGAGUGUUCCUGUACUGAACACCAAAAAAGCUCACAAGAGGGUAAAGAAGCUCAAGAAGCAACUUACAAGAGUUUGCUUAGGGGAGGUGUUAGAGAAGGUUGACAUGACAGAGUCCCUGUGUGUGGAGGGGAUGCAGAGCAAGCACCGUGUCUACACCAUAAAAUUUAGCUUUCUGCCACAUGAAUGCUACCAGGAGGAAAAAUAUGUGAAGCCAAGGGACAUCUUGCAUUUUAUGGAGUCAAGAUUCUUUAGAAUCCUGCUGGAAACAAUUAAAAGAAAGAGUUCAAAACUGGCUUCUUACAACACUGUGAGCACUCGGCAAGCAGCUCGUAGAGACUUUGAAGGUGAUGGUGAAGGUGGUACAUCCCAAGGAAAUCAGGAUGAUUAUGAAGCUGAAGCAGAGGAAGAAGGGAAUGGCCCUAAUGGUGAAACAAGUGAAGGAGAUGCUGAUGCUACAGAUGCAAAAAGAAAAGCAAAGCAGGAAGAAGAGGUAGAUUAUGAGAGUGAUGAUGAUAACGAGGCAGAUGAUGAUGAUAUUCCAGAUCAAGAAGAAGUUACAAUGCAAGAAAAGAAUUCUGAGGCAACUGAAAGUCAAGAUGAGCCUUACGCUCCUUCCAGUAGUCAAAGAGCUCAAAGCAAGAGAAAGGAGUCAAGUGAACUGACAAAACAAAGAAUUUGUGCUGUUUUGGAGAGUCACGAUGCCAUAAAAAGCUAUGCCUAUGAUACUGAUAAUGAGUUGUGGUGUGAGGUUUCACUGAAGCUGCCUCUGACAAAGGAGUACUUUGACCUUGCCUCCCUUGUGACCUCUCUGGCAAACAACGUUGUCCUCCAGGAGACAAAGGGGAUCACACGGUGUCUCUUAAAUGAAACCAGCAGUAAAAAUGGAGAGAUGGUGCUCAUUUUACAGACUGAAGGAAUAAACCUCCCUGAGCUUUUCCUCUAUGCUGAUAUUUUUGAUGUGAACAGGCUUUAUUGCAAUGACAUACAUGCAGUGGCCAAUACCUAUGGAAUUGAGGCUGCCUUGAAAGUUCUCGAGAAAGAGAUUAAAGAUGUGUUUGCUGCAUAUGGAAUUGUGGUAGACCCUCGGCAUCUCUCCCUGGUGUCUGACUAUAUGUGCUUUGAAGGUGUUUACAAACCACUCAAUAGGCAUGGGAUACAGUCCAGUUCAUCCCCUUUGCAGCAAAUGACAUUUGAGACAAGCUACAAGUUUCUAAAGGAGGCAACCAUGAUGGGUUCUCACGAUGAACUGCAGUCACCUUCUGCUUGCCUGGUGGUAGGAAAAGUUGUCAAGGGAGGAACAGGCCUGUUUGACCUCAAACAACCUCUGAAAUAGUUCAUGCAUCCUCAGUUUUAAAAGACAUUUAUUGCAUAAUAAACAUGCUGCAGCUUUUGUUUUUGCUGAGUUUUGUAGAUACUGAAUGUACAUACUACUUGUUGACUUUUAAAAGCAUUAAUUGCCUGCGCCUUUGAACUUUCAGGGAUUUUUAUUUAAUAAGAAAUGUCUUGUGCUGUUUCUACCUGUUUUCCUUAACUGGUGGACUUAUUGAUGGAAGCAGUAACUGAUAACAGUUCAUUUGUAAGAUAUUUUAUCUGAUAACAGGAAUAAAACUUCUUUGUUACUUUA